CGUUUUCUCUCAAAUCAGGCAAAAAAUGAAGCCGGCUGUAGUCGUAAAGCGAGGCGGCGCGACAGCUAGCGAGGGCCCCCCCCGCCUCCUUCCUCCUCCCGAGCGGAGAAGAUGGCGGCGGGGGAGGUGAAGUCCGUGCUGUUCGUGUGCCUGGGAAACAUCUGUCGCUCUCCAAUAGCUGAAGCAGUUUUUAGAAAACUUGUAACUGAUGAAAAAGUUGAAAAUAAGUGGAUGACAGACAGUGCUGCCGUUUCAGACUGGAACGUGGGGCGCUCCCCAGAUGCAAGGGCUUUAAGCUGUCUAAGAAAUCAUGGCAUUGAGACAGCACAUAAAGCACGGCAGAUUACUAAAGAUGACUUCCAGACCUUUGAUUAUAUACUUUGCAUGGAUGAAAGCAAUCUAAGAGAUCUGAAAAGGAAAAGCAACCAAGUUAAAGACUGCAAGGCCAAAAUUGAACUACUUGGGACAUAUGAUCCACAGAAACAACUUAUUAUUGAAGAUCCAUACUAUGGGAAUGAAAAGGACUUUGAAACUGUUUACGAGCAGUGUGUUAGAUGCUGUAAAGCAUUUUUGGAGAAGCCUCAUUAAUGCUUCAUCAUUCUCUUUCUAGAAUAAAAAAAUUAGCUUCUCCUGAAAUACGUAAGGUUUAAUUGAUUGAUGUAUUUAAAUUGUAAAAUUAUGCCUCCUCAGUAGCUUGAAAACUUUUUCAGUUUAAUUUUUUAUUGUAGUUUUUCUGUCAUCUAAUUAGAAAAACAUAGGGAAGUUUUAAAGUUGGAUUAGAUGAUCAACCACUUCCUCACACAUUAAUGUAAUAACAAAGUACUUGUUCAGAAUAAAUUUAUCUGUAAACCCUUCAGUGCUUUCUCAGAAGCACUGUAAAAGAUGUCUUGCUUCUUUAUGUGCUAUACAAACUAAAAUUAGGUCUUCUUAUUGUGCCAUUAGUUAAUUUCAACAAACUUACAACAUAAGAUUGUGAAAUGAUAGUUGAUGUAUGUUAACUUAGGCAUGUCAUCCUAGUAUACCUAGACAACUUUUGGAAUGAAGCUGUUUCAUAUGGAGCCUGGUGGACAAAGAAGACUGCCUGACACAAGACAGGCAUGGUUUUGACUGUUGAUAGACUCUUAGUGUUAUUUCAAAGCUCAAGCAAGGAAAACCUGUUAUCGGAAUCCUGUGAAAAUGGGCUGUUACAUAGUUUUAAAUGCUCAGUUAUCAAAGAAGCAAUCAUUUUGUCCUAGUAGGUCUUUGUAUUAAUUAAAAUGAAAUCAGUUCAGAAUAGUCACUGAUGUUAAUAGGACUUCUCUGGUUCAUCUUCCUGUUGUCUUGGGGCCAAUUCCUAGUACACGGGUGUAAGUACAUACAACGUUAACAUUUACUUUCAGGACAAAACACGUCAGCUUAAAAGUCUAAACAUCAAGUGUACAUUUUGUAUCUCAUAGUAGUAAAAUACCCAAAUCCCUGCUAUGUUCCCAGUUCCUAUAUGAGUGGCAGACUGUAUUUUCAGAUUUACCCAGGAGAAUGGAUGGCCUGUCAAAAGUGUUCAACCUGAAGACAGAUCACUUGUAUGUAAUAUAAUAUGUAAUAUGAAGCUAUAUGAAGGCCCAUAAAGAGUAAGUUCUGCUCUUAGACAAAAAUGGAAUGCAUUGUAAAAAUCCAUGCCUGUUUGUCUGAACAUCACAUUCAGUCUCUGCCUUAGGCAGAAGCAUAGCUAAGAAAUGUACUGAGAUCAGUAAUGUAACUGAUAAGGUAAUUUUCCUAUUCAGAAUAAUGCUAAUAUUUGUAUGAAGUAGCAUUACCACAUGCUCUAGAAAACUGUAUCUGUAAAAUUUACUUUGUUAUUUAUUUAGUUGUGUUGUGGUUAUUCUUAGAUCUGCCUUCCAAACGAAUAGAAUAGCCUCUAGACUUGUCACCUCCUUUCCUUCUGGGAGAGGGAUUUGCAUAGUGUUACUCUUGGAGAGGGAGGAAUCCUGGUGUCAUUGUGCAUGUACUGCAGCCUUCAAAACAGGAAUUUUUGAAUUGCAUUUCCUGGGACUCUUGCUGUAAAACAGCUGGAAAGUAUUUGUGUUAAUGAGGUUUCUGUUUUGUGCUAAGCUUUCAGUUGGACACAAAACAUAAGAACCUGCUUACAGAAAGACAAGUGGUAGAUGGAACACUUGAGUACAGAGACCAGGAUCUUGUGUAUUAUUGGAUUACCAACGGUUGUGAUUUUUGGUGAACAAGUUAGGAAUUUGCAAGUUAAUAGCUGUUUCACCACAGGGACAAAAAAUAAUAUACGUAAAAUGUUUUUCCAUUUCUUUUAUGAAUGCUUUAAUAAAAUAAAUGAUGGAAAAUGAUGAGCAGUUAGGGGCUAACCACCUCAAGUGUGGUUUAUGCACUAGCAUCAGAAAUUGAAGUAUUUAGGCAUAAUCUAAUGUUAUUCUUGCCAGAAAGAUCAUUUAAAAUAUUGCAGUGAAAGUAAACUAACUCAGACGAUUGAGAACAUGAUGGCUUGUGCUUUCCCAUUCAUGGCUGACCUGAAGUGGAACUUGUAGUUUCCUACAUAAAGUAAAGAUUUAAGUCUUAACUCUGUAUCUUUGGGCUGCUGGGAUAACAGAAAGGAGAUAAAAGGGUACGGUUGUUUACAUUUACUAGGCUUACGAAAAUUCCUCUUAAGUGAUACUAAGUCAAAACUAUUUGUGUUAAAUUCACUUCUGAUUGUAAAGUAUCAGGCUUGACCCAAGUUAUGUUUUCAGCAAGUAAUCUAUCGGCUAAAUAAUUCACCAGCUCCGCUGGAAGGGUAAAAGCUGAUUUAUUUAUUUACUUUAUCUUUGGUGGGUUUCUUUUGAAGGAAGGGGAGGAGAGCAAUAUGAUAUUGCACAGAAAUUUGUAGAAUACGAGAAUAUAGAACAGGAAUUGCCUUCAAGAAAGACAGCUGCAUAGUACCAUUAUUUUGUUUCCAAGAGCAACAGUGAACGUGUGGUACAUAUUUCUGUAUUAAUCCUACAAAUGACUAAGCCCCUGGAUUGUUUCAGUUAGGAUAGUAAGCCUACACCCAGACUAAAUAAGUAAAAUUUGCUAUACUGAAGUUUGCAUCUUCUGUGAAAACCUGCUGGCUUCUGCUAAAUCUAGAAAAAACCUUCCAUGGAAAUAACUUUUUAUAUUCAUUUAUAAGCCAUUAAAUACAUUACUGUUUCCCUUUUACAACACAAUUUUCUAGAAAAUUCCAACUGAACCAGAUUUCAUCUGUCCUACUACAAACUGAAAUAAUCAUACUUAUUUAAACUCCUUUAUUAAGUAUUAUGUUCUGAUCUGAUGUCAGUCAGUGGGGCUACAGAAAGGCACAGUUCCACUGACAAGUUUACUACAGGUGAGCUGCUGAGUGAAUCCUGUAGCAGUACGUUCUUAACUGCAUGUUUUCAGCAUACACGUAUUCCAGUGAGAAAUGAAACUUUGGCAUUUAGUGAUGUCUGAAAUCAAAUUAAAACUACAUACUUCUCCCUUAGUAAAUACAGCCAUGUUCUGUGAUGGGGUCUUGUACUUCUCAACCAUUGUUUUAUCCUUUUUUCUUCUAAAGAGCUAGAUGCUGAAGGCUCUUAAGUGUGAAUUUCAAGAAAUCUGCUAACUUCGUGGGGAGGGAACAGGGUAUUCAGUGUUGUGAUUACAUUUUGAAGAUUUAAGUGAGGAUAAACUUGAAGCUAAAUGCCAGUAUUAAGAUAAAACUUUCUGAGGUGUAUUUACAAACUGUGCUUAAUGGUUUUCUUCCUGUUUGAGCUAUUUUGACAACUGGAUGUAAUAUCAGAUUUAGGGAAGAAAGGGAAAUGUUAACAAGGUUUCUUGAGUGGGUGUUCACUGACUCCUCCAAAGUUAAUACUAAAAUACUGGGCACAUUCAUUAUAUCAUUUCUUUGCAGUAGUGUGAAUAGAUUGCAGAUUUAUUGAUUUAUUUAUUUUGGAACAGCCAUUUGU